GAAGCGCGCGCGCAUCCUGCGUCCGUGCAGUAUCCGCCCAAAGCGUAAUGUUCUAAUACAGUACACGAACGGGUUAACGAACUUACAAAAAAAAAGUGAUAACUCACUAGAACAAAUCUUCUAAACCAGUGAAUCGUUUUGAGAUAAGGUACAAAACUCAAACUAAGUUAAUAAUCGGCUCCGACGUCUUACCGGACUAUCGAUCACGUCAACCGAUAUUCAUUGGCGACAUCGCUUCGAUAAUCGAUACGACGUCCCGAUUUUUUUUAUAACAUAUUGAUCCUCAUUAACCGUGAUGGACGAGACGGGUCACAUUCCCAAUGAUUACUCGUUUAUGACAUGUUGAAGACUGUGGGUGGGUGUAUGAACUAAUUAUUACAUUUUAAAGAUCAGAUUAACUUUCUACUGUGUCAGUGAUUUGAAAAUGGAGACGUUGGUAUUGAUACCGCAAGAACUGAGUCUGGCAUUAAGGCCUGGUGGUGCUAGGGGUAGAGAGGCAUCUGUCAGCGUAUGGUCCUCAUCAGAGUUACAGAGAGGGUCUCUGUUGUACCCCUUCCAAGGCACUAUCAGGAUUGAUAAGCUCCAUGUUUACUCCUACGUGCCAGAUCACGACAUACGUCACCGGUUUGGUCUCUUCGAUGAGGUCUGCACCUCGGGAGGGGUUCAAGUACGACACUGCAACUGGAUUCGAUUCCUUCGAGUCUCUGAAAACUAUGGACCUCAAGUCAAUUUAGUCUGCACAAAAGUUAAAGGAGAGCCUGUAUAUGAAGCAGUGAAACCGGUAUCUGCUCACACCGAGCUGGUAGUUUAUUACCUUCCUGAGAGACCUGAGGAGAUGUUCUUUGUGAGAAUGAGAAAUAACCUUUAUAGACAAACAAUGGAUUCCAUAUUAGAAGACUCACCAUUAGAUUUAUCUACAUCUCUUCUUUCAAGAGUUUUACUACCAAUAUCACCACCAUCCGGACCAGAAGACGAACAUAAAUCAGUGUCAGGUGAUUCUCUCACGUCAUCGUCGGCUGGAUCAUCAAAUGAACUUUUAGAAAUGACACCAAAAGUCCAAAGGAGGCCAGCAAAGUCUGAAAGAGCAUUAUUGCCAUGUGAAGUUUGUGGAAAGGCUUUCGAUAGACCCUCACUUUUGAAACGACACAUGAGAACGCAUACAGGCGAGAAGCCCCACGUUUGUAUGGUCUGCAAUAAAGGCUUCAGUACAUCGAGUAGUCUUAAUACCCACAGAAGGAUACAUUCCGGAGAAAAACCACAUCAAUGUCAGCACUGCGGCAAAAGAUUUACUGCCAGCUCCAACCUGUAUUACCAUAGGAUGACCCAUAUAAAGGAAAAACCUCACAAGUGCAACCUGUGCUCGAAGUCCUUCCCCACCCCUGGGGAUUUGAAAUCUCACAUGUAUGUACACAGCGGGUCGUGGCCAUACAAAUGCCAUAUAUGCUCAAGAGGUUUCUCCAAGCAUACCAAUCUGAAGAAUCAUCUGUUUCUUCAUACAGCAAAACAUCAAAGAAAUAGCGCCAGGGAUGCUACCUGAAAUAAAGAAAAUUAUAAUCGUUAUUAUAUAGGUACAGUACAUAAUUGUAUGUUACAAAUACAUACACAUACAAACACAUUCAUGACAUAAAAAGAUAUUAAAAGUGUGAUAUUAGAAAUAGUUAACUUUAAGUGUUAAUUUAUUUAUAAAAUAUUUAUAUUUAUAGGUACUUAUUUUUUACUAUGUGUACAUACGUUAUUACCGACUAUAAUAUUGGGUUCUUAAUUACACGAUUAUGUAUAAGAAAUUUUUUUCUAAUAUUUAGGCUAUUAGAAAAUAAUAAUUAAUAUAGAUCCAUAAUAAUGUCAGAACAAAGUACUGAUUAUAAUUUAUUGACAAACGUAAGAAAUGUUCUUUAUCAAUCGUGUAUGCAAGUCCCAAAUAAUGAGGUUUUAUACAAGACUUGAAAAAAGUGUUGAUAUUUGGUUUAGGUAUUCAUCUUUAUUGUACAAUUUUGAGGUUUUCUUAUAAUAAUAGGUUUUCUAAAAGAGUUUAUUACAGAAGUUUCAAAUGAUCUGCAUUAUCUGGCAAUUUCAGAAACAAUAAAAUAUUUUUUAUCUAUUAUGAAGUCUGCAUUUUAUAUAGCACAUUUAACACUUGAGAAUAAAACACAGCUUACAAACAAGAAGAAGUAAAAGAAAUAGACAACUUAGUACAAAAACUAUAAAAUUACUCUAUGCUUAGGUCAAA